UCUAGUGCAGUGACUUAUCAGAGAAGAUAAUAGUUGACUUAUUUGUCCUACUUUAGCGAACUAAAAUGACAAGAUAAGGAGUUUUAGUGUAGCGAACAAUGUACAGGUUAUUUCACGGGUGAUGUGCGUGGCUCCGCCUUCUUUUGAGGAUUUCCUGCGUCGUCAGCUUCAAAGUUGAACUUCACUGAACCACAACAAUACUGAACUGUGAGGGUUUGGAAAACGAUUGGAUGAUUUGCGUUGUGACCGCUAGCGAACUUACUCCAGGCGGGGCAGUGACUAAGUGAAAAAAGGGCAACAACAACGAUGUCUUGUGAGGCACACUUAAGACAUCGGGCUCUUUGCUCUUUUGUUUCAUAUCAAGUAUGUUUAGAUGAAAGUUCAGUAGUGUUGGGAUCGCUGCUUCGUCGUGGAGGGUAAACCAGAGCUGUGUGCUGAAUACUAUGACCGAAUCUGCCAAAAUGAAGAAGCCUGACGUGAAAGUUGUCAUUCUGGGUGACAUGAAUGUGGGUAAAACGUCUUUGCUCCACAGGUACACAGAGAGGAAAUUCAAGGACACUGUCAGCACGGUCGGAGGGGCGUUCUUUUUGAAACAGUGGGGACCUUACAACAUCUCCAUAUGGGACACUGCAGGUCGAGAGCAGUUCCAUGGCCUCGGCUCUAUGUACUGUCGUGGAGCGGCCGCAGUCAUCCUCAUCUAUGACGUCACGAACUGGCAAAGCUACGUGGAGCUGGAGAACCGCUUCCUUUCCUUAACCGACACUGCCAACUCUGACUGCAUCUUUAUCAUAGUAGGCAACAAAGCUGACCUGACUGACCUGCAAACCCAUGUGACAGAUCCACAGCCUGGACAGGAGGUUGAGUCUGAAGCUGACGCUGCACCUCUAAGCCUGCCUCCUCCUCCUGUCUCUCCCCUGCUACACAAACAGGUGAACAGAGAGGACGCCAUGGCUCUGUAUGGACGUGUCCUACGUUACAAAGGCCUGGAGGAGAAAGCCUGUCUGCCUGCUGAAAGAAUGUGUUUUGAGACUAGUGCUAAAACUGGAUACAAUGUGGAUGUGUUGUUUGAGACAGUGUUUGACAUGGUGUUGCCCUCCAUCCUGAAGAAGAGAAAUGAUGGGGAGAGCUCCACUGUGGACCUGGAAGCACCCAGAACAGAGAUGAAGAAUAAAGCUGGCUGCUGUAGCUAGGAGGGACACAGAAGGGACAAGAAACAUGAAUUAAUUUUACUGCCAAAUACAAGAAAGCAACGGAACGUUGUUUGGACUCUAUGGAAUAGUAUGGUAAGCCCUUUGAAGAAUCAUUGAGAAAGGUGGACCCUGCUUCUGUAAAUAUAUUAGAGUAAAUUUAUUAGAGUAAAUUUUCCCAACAGGUCCUAACUAUUAACUGUUAUGUGUGUGGUAUAAUCUCCAAAAUGCUGUGUAAUUAUGUUGGUGGCACCUAAUAAUAAUAAUAAUAAUAAUAAUAAUAAUAUAGGGGUGGGUUUCAAGACAGUCCAACAAAAUAACACUCUAACCUCUAACAGGUUCUAUUAAGCUGAUAAAGGACAUAGUAAAACAUUUUUUGCAGUAACAAAUUAUUAAGCACAAACGAACUUGAACAGAAUUUCACAGUAACAAUUGUGUUUUAAGCAGGAAAGUAAAUUGUAAAACCCAAUGAAACCAAAGUAAAAAUCAUUGCUUUCUUUUACAGCCCAAAUUCAGUUUUGGUUCUAGAUAAGUGUCUUAGUACAGACAUUUUACCACACAUAGCUACCUGGUACUUCUUCCACUUAACUGUGUGACAUAACUGUAAAAUUUUGAUUGUUUGUCCUUGAUACAUUAUUACUCCAUAUAAUUAUCCAUUUAUGAGUUAUUUUUCUAUGUGCUGCUUAAUAUCUAGAACUUGUUCAGUGGUUACUAUCAUUUUACCCAAAAUAAUACCACAGCACUUUUGAGAUUGUAUUAUCUAGUUAGUAGCUUCAACCUGUUAGAAAUUUCAGGGUAAUUUGGUUAAUCUGGAUUGGAAUUUACCAAAAUAAUUACAUUGUACUUUGGGGUUUGUACCAGACACUUGCCUGCUUAAUACCUAGAACUUAGUGGACUGUAAACGAAAGCACUACUGAAGAUUUGCUUGGGUUCAAUGUAGUAUUCUGGGAUAUAAAAUCAAGGAAACAGGACUUAAUAGGUUAUUAAGCAACAUUUUGAAUAAUUGUUUCCCCCCUUCUGUGAUCACACUAGUCUUAUUUUAUCUUAUAGUUAUUAUAUGUGAUGAUACAAAUACAACUUCUUAUUCUUAAUUAAUGUCUUCAGAUGUUUCCAUGAACAACUUAGAUAUGAAGAGUGAUCUUUUAUAGUAAGUUUCCUAAUCACUGACAGCAUUGUUGGCAUGCAGAUGCUCAUCUUAAUGCUAAUAAUAUUUUAUACUUAUUUUUAUAUUUGAAAUACCUAAUCCUGCAUCAUAUGUUGGGAAAAUAAUGACUCUAUUGUUGCAUUAUGAGUUUUGUUAGUGCAUAAAAAGAUUUUGGGAGCUUAUGUUAAAUGUCUUUGAUGUAUCUUUGCAUAACCCAAACUGUCACAAGCCAUUGAUGAUUAUCUCUGGAGAGCUCAAACAAACAAAUGACAAGUACCAGAAAAAGUAACAAACGGAAGCAUUUAUUUGGCUGUUACUCAAUUAUGGUCACAUUCACAAUCAUUCAGAACAUGUUCAAAAAUUAUUUCCCACAUAAUUACAUUAUUUAAAAAAGCACUUGGGUAAUUGAACAGUAUUAUUGAAAUAUAUGGCAAAAAGGGAUUUCCAUUGUGAUGGUACCUUGUUCAACUUCAUUGUACAUGUUCAUGGUUUUUCAGAACAAGGAUAGAAAAGGCACAUUAAACUUGGUAAGGCAUGUGGUAAGUAUAGCCAAGCAAAGUACGUGUUCAAGCACACUGUUUGAUUUGGUCUAUUAAUCAUUUAAAGGCUGCUCUUUAGAAAUAUCUUCUUUUGAUUUCUGGAAGAAAUACCUGCAGUAAACAAGCCAAUAGUGUGUGCCUUUGGCUAUGAAACAAAAAACACAUUCAAAUCAACAAUGACUAUGCCAUGAAUAUAGUCAAACUGUCUGUAAGUGUCAAUUCUGUAAAGCUCAGAACUGAAAUCAGUGCAAUCUGUGUAAUUUAGAGAAUACAAAAUGAAUGAAUAUAUGACCCAUAUUCUGUUUAGUAAGACAAAAUUUACAAAGUGUUGUAAAGAAGGUUCUGAAUUACCCUUUUCUUAAGCAAAUCUAAUAGUGGUCUGCAAAUGAGCUGUGUAACCAAGGUACGUAUAUGCAUAGUGCUCAGCAACAGCUGAGGAAGCAUAGCAUAAAUGGUGGACCAACAUAAUGUAUUUUAAGUGCAGGUAAUUUGAUACAAUUUCUAUGCAAUACCAA